UCAACCACUGCUCAUAUCACUGUUCCUUCCACUGUGUGCACUUUCUGAACACCAGGCGAGGUGGACUUAUGAGUGUCCACACAGAACAAUUAACAAGACUUCCUCCCAGAGUUGACAUUCGUGCUGAUUAAAGCACUCGUCAGCUCAUGCAGAGACCUGAGUGGGUCACCAGUAAUCUGCAGGAUGCAGGAGGAAAACACAGACUGGUCAGCUGCACUUUCUGGUGAAUACGAUGGCAGAGCAUUCGGCUGAAAGUGAAAUACCUCAGCGGCGUCUUGGUGUCAAGGAACAGCAGAAUGGAGAGCUGGCAGACUCAGAGCUGUCUGUGGAUGAGAGAACACAGAGGGAGAGGGAGGAGCGUGAAACUCUGGUGCUAUGGAGGAAACCUCUGCUCACACUCCACUACUUCACCCUGGAACUGCUCAUCACCGUUAAGGAGUGGAUAUGGAGGCUCUGGCAGCAAAGACAGACUGUGUUUGGCCUGCUGAUCCUGCUUAUCCUCCUCUCCAUUGCCUACUGUAUUGAAGGAACACACCAGAAGUAUGUACGCUACAUGGAGAAGAAGACGCUGUGGUGCGCCUACUGGGUUGGCCUGGGCAUCCUGUCCUCGGUGGGUCUUGGCACCGGCCUGCACACUUUCCUCCUUUACCUGGGACCACACAUAGCAUCAGUGACCUUGGCGGCCUACGAAUGUGGCUCAGUGGAUUUCCCCGAGCCACCCUAUCCAGACCAAAUAGUCUGUCCCCAGCAGGAAGCACCAGCACCAGGCUCUGAUGCUGAGCAGGUGGGCGUGGAGGCUGCAGGAGCGGAUGGGGCGGUGGGAUCGGUAGCUAUCCAAGGAAGCAUCUCUCUCUGGACCAUCAUCUCCAAAGUCCGCCUAGAAGCUUGUAUGUGGGGUGCAGGCACAGCUAUAGGAGAGCUUCCUCCCUACUUCAUGGCCCGGGCGGCACGGCUGUCCGGCGCCGAUCCCGAUGACGAGGACUACCAGAGGUUUGAGGAAAUGCUGGACCAGACUGAGUCUGCUCAGGACUUUGCCACCCGAGCAAAAGUAGCAGUGCAGAAACUCAUCCAGAGGGUUGGAUUCUUUGGGAUUUUAGCCUGCGCUUCUAUUCCAAAUCCCUUGUUCGACCUGGCAGGAAUAACAUGUGGACAUUUUUUAGUCCCCUUCUGGACUUUUUUUGGUGCCACACUGAUUGGGAAAGCAGUCAUCAAAAUGCACAUUCAGAAACUGUUUGUGAUCGUCACCUUCAGCAGGCACAUUGUGGAGCAGAUGGUCUCCCUCAUCGGAGCUGUUCCACUGCUGGGUGCGGCACUGCAGAAGCCCUUCAGGGAGUACUUGGAGGCCCAGAAGGCCAAGCUGCACCAUCACGCUGGAGAGGGGAUCCCAACUGAGGAGAGCUGGCUGUCGUGGCUCUUUGAGAAGGUUGUGGUCAUCAUGGUAUGCUUCUUUGUCUGCUCCAUUGUCAACUCCAUGGCCCAGAGCUACGCCAAGCGCAAGCAGCAGGAGAAGCACUCGGAGGGCAAGACAGAGUGAAGGCCAGCUAGCACUCACAGCGAGCCAUCAGCUUCAGAGGGCUCCCACCACUCCUUUCCUUAUUUCUGCCCUCCCUCCUGGCUGAUGCCCCACCAUUAUCUGCAGCAAAGUAUCAGCCUCCAUCUGGUUUCUCUCUUGUUAUUGUAGCAACAUGUUUAUGUUGAACUUGGACUUCCAUUUCCUUGCUUUUGAAGGCUUUGCAUUUGGUAGUGAUUUCCACGGUUGUGCUCUAUAAGGUAGGUGCUCAUUGGGGUGCGUGCGAGUAAGCUGUUGCAUUGUUAAGUGUCCAUGUUGGUGCUUUUAGCAGCUCCUGAGCACGUGAGAAGAAGCUGCUGGCAAUAAUUCUCCUCAGUGAGGCCUUAAGCUGCACUGCUUGUUCCACUAGAAGAACCUUAAAGUCUUAUAUGUCCGUAGAGUCACCUGAGUUCACUUCAUUUGAAUAAACUCGGAUUAUUACUUUUGAUUAUGUGGUGCGCGUCCUGUAAAAGCAGCGUAAAGUAAUUUGUUCAGUAACCUAUUUAUGUACUAUCUAUAUUUGCUGGUUUAAUUAAUGAACACAGGACAUUGUGUAUUUAUUACUCUGCUGUAGAGUUGUUGUGCAGUGUUGACUGUGGUUGGAUAAAUAACUGUGUCCACUUCAGAGCCAUCUCAUUUCUACAUUUCGUAGGAGUCGGUCGUAGUAGAGAUGUUCAUGAAUGUCUCAUGCUGUUCGUGGUGCUGUAGAUGACCACUUCUUUUGUGCGUGCAGUCAAGCUCCUCUUGGUACUUUUGGAUGAGAAAUGAUAAAUUGGCCAUGAAUCACCCUGCUGGUCCCUUUGUCUGCCCUUAUUGUUCUGCUUCCAGGAAGAGAGCACAUGAGUCAGCCCGGGGCUACUUUACCAGAUGCAGCCAUAUAUUGAAUCAGAUCUACGACCGUGUGUGUGCGUGCCCGUGUGUGAGACGGAGAGCGACACGGAGAUAGUAGGUUGCGUUUGCGUGGCUGCCACAUUUGUUGCUCUCCCUUUUAUCUUUUAUGGAUUAAAGCGGAUUGUGCUCCACUAAUAGACGAAGAGUCUGCCUGGACGUCUUAGUAUAGCAGAUAGUAGCUGUUCCCUUUAACUUAGAGACUGUCUGUGUCAUGGUAAGUGUUUUUCUUUGUCUUCACUUGU